AUGGUGUUUAUGGAUUUAACUAGAAGGUGUUACGUAACUAAUGGAACUUGUGUUGGUUGUAAAGACGGCUGGACUGGGGAAAAGUGUCUUAAUGCCUGCCCCGCUGGAAAAUAUGGAGCCGAGUGCAAGAAAACAUGUACAGACCAUUGUGGAAAUAAUACUUCCUGUAAUCACAUGACUGGUCAGUGUGAGGGGUGUUUAUCUGGAUGGAUGGGAUAUGAUUGCAAUGAAAGGGACCCCCCUUGCACGUAUUUAGCAGACUAUGAGACCAUAUGUAGUGUAAACUGCAUUAACAAUGACAAAUGCUGA